AUGCAUUUUGACGAGCGUCCAUCUUGUUUUCGUAAUAUAGCUCAUGAAAUUCUCUACGUAAGUGUUAUUUCUUGUGCUCAAUUACUUACUCAAGCAGCAUUAGGAAAUGUACUCGUUCCACUUCAUAUAAUUGGUCCUUCUAUUGGUAUCGAAGAUGUUACCAAGUUACCAUGGACAUUAGCUGCUUAUUCUUUAACUGUUGAAUUAUCAUCAGCUGUUCAUCCAACAGGCAAAACUGAUAUACCUGGUGCAAUUCUUGGACUAUCAGGUCUUGCUCUUUUUAUAUAUUGUUGGAAUGAAGGACCAGUUACUGGAUGGAAUAAACCAUAUGUUUAUGUUUUAUUAAUUGUCAGUAUUUUAGUAAUAGGUUUAUUUAUUGUUGUUGAAAUGAAAACAAAAGAACCAAUUAUGCCAUUAACCAUUUGGUCAGUAAAGGGUUUUCCAGGCGUUCUUGUAUCUAUGGCCUUGGGCUGGUCAAGCUUCGGUAUAUUUAUUUAUUAUAUUGUUCAAUUUCUGCAAGUUAUUCGUGGUGCAUCAGCACUGUUAACAACAGCUAUGAUGUCACCUGUCACCAUUUCUGGCCUUGUAGCGACGAUUUCAGUUUCUCAAAUUUAUGGUCGUUUACCUGCUCAUUUUCUUCUGAUGGGAGCUAUGGUAUUCUUUUGUCUUAGUAAUACUCUCAUUGCAACAGCACCCGCUCACCAAACAUAUUGGGCACAAGUAUUUGUAUCUACAUUGGUGGCUCCAUUUGCCAUGGAUGUCAGUUUUCCUGCUGCAUCUCUUAUUGUCAGUAACACAAUGCCAAUAAAUCAACAAGGUGUAGCAGCGAGUAUGGUCAAUACAGUUAUUAAUUGGUCAAUAUCUCUCGGUUUGGGUAUUGCAGGAACAGUUGAAAGUGAAUUAUUAAAAAGAGGAAAAACUGUAUUAGAAGGUUAUCGAGGUGGAUUAUAUGUUGGAAUCGGGCUCAGUGGUAUAGGUGUUAUUGUAGCACUUUUAUUCUGUCGUGUAUCAUCACCGCACACGUCCAUUGGAGAAAAAGAACGACAGGACUUCGGCACUGCAUCAGCAGUAGUGUCGGACACAAUUAUCAAUACAAAUAUGGUUAAAGGUGAAGGACUGGAAGGAGAGUUUCCGAUGAUAUGGCGUUUUUAA